AUGAACGACAUUAUUAGAUUCGUGUUUCUGCUACAGCUCCAAGGAUUAUUUGCCAGUCCACAAUUUGAAAUCGUUAAUUUACAAGGUCAAUGGAAAUUCCACAAUUCUAAUGGAACCAUUCACGGAGGCGGGAUGGUCCCAGGUGAUAUUUACUCUGACUUGCAUCGAGUCGGGGUCAUUCCCGAUCCAUUAUAUGCUGACAACCAUUUGCAUCUUCGAUGGAUUUCUCAUGAAAAUUGGACUUACACGAAGAUAUUCGAAGUGGACAAGAGGACGUUAGAGUUUAGUACUGUUCUGCUGAGAUUUAAAGGAAUCGCUACUAUAUCAUCAGUCGUUUUAAAUGGUGUCUCAAUAUUGAAGACCAAUAAUCAGUUUGUGGAAUACGAUGUUGACGUAAAAGAAGUUUUAACUGAAAAGAACGUCAUCGAAAUUCAAUUAAUAUCUCCAGUUUUGUAUGCUGAAAUGAAAUCAAAUGAGUAUCAGAAAACUCAUGGGCACUUAGUGCCACCUGUAUGUCCACCAUCCGUAUAUAAUGGCGAAUGUCAUCCGAAUUUUAUAAGGACAGCCCAAUACAGCUUUAGUUGGGAUUGGGGACCAUCGUUUCCCGCUAUUGGUAUUUGGAAACAUGUUGAUAUUGUAGCAUUCAAUGGUUAUUUUGUUGAUGAUAUUUCAUGGAGCACUGAACGAUCCGCAAAUUCAUGGUUUGUCCAUGGCGAAAUUCUGGUUUUUGUCAAACAUGAACGAACAAAGAUCUCAGCGAGAGUCAAAAUAGAAGAACUGGGCGUGGAUAAACGGCUAUAUUAUAGUGUUUCCGGCAGUAGUGAGCCGGUAGCUUUGCAAUUCAACAUAACUCUUCCCUACCAAAGAGUUGAACUAUGGUGGCCUAAUGGACAAGGACAGCAGAAGCUUUAUACCAUCACUGUUGAAGCCGGUGAACAGAUAAUUUCACGCCGAAUUGGGUUUCGUCACGUGGAAUUGAUCCAAGAUUUCGUGGAAGAGUAUUGCAAGCAUCAAGGGCGGCAUUUUUAUUUCAAAAUUAACGACAGGCCCAUCUUUCUAAAAGGAUCUAAUUGGAUUCCUGUAUCGAUGUUCCCUUCGUUGAAUCAUACUAUGAGAAUGGAAUUUUUGUUGGAUUCUGCUGUAGAUGCAGGUAUGAACACUCUUCGAGUUUGGGGCGGUGGUAUGUAUGAAUCUGAAGAAUUUUAUGACUUGGCUGACGAAAAAGGAAUUCUGCUAUGGCAAGAUCUCAUGUUUGCUUGUGCUCUCUAUCCCGCCGACAUUAAUUUUCUAACUACAGUGAGGACUGAGGUGAAGCAGCAGAUUUGGAGGAUUAAACGCCACACGUCCGUCCUGCUUUGGGCUGGAAAUAAUGAAAAUGAGAUUGCGAUCAGGUUACAUUGGUGGAGUGUGGAAAACUACGAUGAAGAUGAACAAGUUGAAGACUACCUGAAGCUCUACGGUGAAACUAUCAAACCUUUGGUUGAAGCUGCAGAUCCAUCCCGUCCAUUUCUUCUAUCCAGUCCUAGCAAUGGAGUACGAACUGAGGAGGAAGGUGGAGUUUCAGAUAUUCCUGGCGACCCUAGAUUUGGUGAUAUACAUUUCUAUGAUGAGAUUGCGAAUCUAUGGCGAGACGACUCCUACUUGACUCCAAGAUGCGCGACAGAAUUUGGUGUGCAAAGUCUACCUUUUGCAAAUACCAUGCUGAAUCACGUUAAUUCCUCGGAAUGGUUUUAUUCGUCAACAACGUUGCGACAUCGCCAACAUCAUCCAGGAGGCUUUCUAACAAAUCUUGUGAUGGUUUUCACUCAUUUUCCCAUCCCAUUUCAAUGUUCGCAAUCAAUUGCGAAUCUUCACGACUGCAACUAUCUGACCUCACCAAAUUUCAUAGAUCGAUUUGCGUACUUCUCGCAAGCUCAUCAAGCGAUCGCCUAUAAAGUGCAAACAGAGCACUACAGGAGGUACCAAAAUCUCCUACAACCUUCCGGGAUGGGAAAUACGAUGUGUGCUCUAUAUUGGCAGUUGAAUGACGUUUGGGCUGCACCCACAUGGUCGUCUAUAGAUUUCGACUUGAAUUGGAAAAUGGUACACUAUGAGGCGAAACGUUUCUUUGCACCUGUUAUUGUUGCCGUGUAUACUGUUUAUACAAACGACAUUGGAAUUACCGUCGUUAACGAUUCACCGACAACAUUCAAAAAAGUCAAACUAACGUUAAAUAUGUUGGCCUGGAGCAACGGUUUUGAUCCGGUAUAUAGUAACGAACAAACUAUCGACAUCGAGGCGCUAACAGCUAGGGAGAUUUCGUUAAUGAAGCGAAACCGCACGUGGCAUACGACUGACGCUGAUUUUGUGAUUAGCGCACGUCUUUUCGAUAGCGCUGGUGAUCCUCUGUCUCCUGAAACGGUGCUACUCCCGGAAAAACUCUAUGAGGUUGACUUCAACAUGUUUGGGAAUGUGUCUGUGGAAGAUUUCAAGAAGAUGGACUCGGUCACCUACUCUUUGACUAUCAAAGCCACCGGCAUUUCACCAUUUACGUGGAUUUCUUUGAACAAACCGUUCGUAGGGUGGUUCUCUGAUAAUGCGUUCACAAUGACGAAACCAUCAUAUGCGAUUUCACUGAAACUCAAAAAACCCCUUGAAUUGACUCGUGAAGAUUUCAGUGUGUGUAAUUUGAAAAAUUGUGGAAUACUGUAA